AUGUUUGUCCUUCGAAACGUUGGCAAACUCAUCUUUGGAUCCAGCAACCAAGAAUCACUGAUCGAACUCCCUCAAGGACAGCUCUACCUCGUCCGCCCUCUCUCGCCCAAGGGCUACUCUGAACUCAUUUUCAAGGACGCAGCUGCCCGAAUCCGACGAACCGCACAGGAUUUCCAGUACCAGCUCGUAGUACAGAGAGUCUACGAAGAAGGCGAGGCUGAACUCCUGGCCGAGGAAGAAGGAGAGGACGCCGAGAUCGACGCACUUGCCGCCGCUGAAAGAGACGAGAAGACCUUCCUGCUCGACGAGGCUCUGCACUUCCGCGUCGACAUUCGACAAGGCUCCGAGAAGGUUCUUGCCUGGAGGGAUUUGAGUGGUGACACCGGUGACGUCUACGAGUUCGUUUGCGACAACGUUGUUUCCCCUGGCCAAGUCACACAAUUCGAGCGCAUUGCAAAGGAGUGCCAGUACGAACGCAAGUACCGCAAGCCGCACACCACCGCAUCCGACUUCGACCUCAAGCAGUUUGAGUUCCAGGACGAGCAGCCGAUACCUCCCGCCAGCCCGAUCCACAGCCCGACGACUCUUGUACGGUCGAUAGAGUCAGCUGACAGCCUUUUCGUACCCCAAAGCCCGGUUGGCACACCCACCAAGAAGGAAGACCGGUCUCUUGUUCAGACUCCAGCCAAGACGCCCAGAAAUAUGCCUGUCACGCCCGAGAGAACUAGGGCAAAUGGCCCACCCAAGGCUGGCGAGGCCCCUGCAGCUCUCAGCACGUAUGCUACUGAGAGCGCUGAGUUACACUUCUUCGACUUCCCGUCCGGUUCCUUUGUCCAGCAGGAUGCUGCUGUCACCGCCACUGUUACGGAGAUUGGCAAAUGGGAAUACUGGCUCCAGAUCGAAACGGAGGAUCGGGCCUGGCUUGGCAUUCCGAUCGUCGCCGACAUCAACCCCGUCUUCAACUUUGAGUUCCUAUCCUUCAUCUUCAACCAGUUCUCUGGCGAUGGUUCAGCGUACUCUUGGCUGCUUCGAUUCAAGGACCAGCCGACGCUGGAGCGUUUCCAGGACGCCCUUCUCCGCGCGCUUUGGGAGCAGCUGAAUGAAUCCAAGUGGGAGAAGAUCAAGGAGAGGGAGCAGGAGUACGUCACUGACGCCUUUAAUGAUUUGACCAUGAAAGAUACCCCGGAGGAACAAGAAGAGGAAGAGGAAGAGGAAGACUACGAGGACGCCGAGGAAGAUGCUCAGCGCAGCGAACAUUACGACAGCGACGAGGAGGAGGAUGAUGUUGAGACCAAGGACGAGGAUGGCAACGUCAACUCCCAACUUGCUGUUGGCUACAAGCACGAUCGCUCUUUCGUCGUGCGCGGGUCCAAGAUUGGUGUCUUCAAGCACACGGCAAACAACAACCUUGAAUUCUCCACCAACAUUUCAAAGGUCGAGACACCAAAGGGCACACUGUUCAGCCCGAAGAAGGUCAUGCUUCACAACGAGGAUCGCAACAUGAUCUUGCAGAACGAGCAGGACCCCAACAAGCUCUAUCGCAUGGACCUCGAGUAUGGCAAAGUCGUCGAUGAAUGGAACGUCCACGAGGAUAUUCCCGUCCUCAACUUCGCACCUGAGAACAAGUUCGCCCAGAUGACCCAUGAGCCCACUUUCCUCGGUAUCUCGAAGAAUGCUCUAUACCGUGUCGACCCUCGUUUGUCCGGUACCAAGCUGGUCGAUUCUCAGCUGAAGCAGUACGUCUCCAAGAACGAAUUCUCGUCCAUCGCCACUACCGAAAAGGGCUACAUCGCUGUCGCUUCCAACAAGGGUGACGUCCGUCUCUUUGAUCGUCUGGGCAUCAACGCCAAGACCCACAUUCCCGCUCUUGGCGAGGCAAUCCUCGGUCUGGAUGUGUCUGCUGACGGCCGGUGGGUGCUCGCCACCUGCCGGACGUACAUUCUGCUUGUCGACGCGCUGCAGAAGUCUGGCAAGAACGAAGGUAAGCUCGGCUUCGAGAAAUCCUUCGCUGCCAACGAUAAGCCUCAGCCGCGCCGUUUAGCCCUCACGCCUGAGCACGUUGCUCAGUUUGCCCAUGAGACCAGCAAGCCGGUGUCUUUCACGCCGGCGCGCUUCAACACUGGGGAGGGUACUGAGGAGACGAGCAUCAUCACUGCCACCGGUCCGUAUAUCGUCGAGUGGAGUCUGAAGAAGGUGCUUCGCGGCGCCAAGGCUGCCUACCGCAUCAAGCGCUACGCCGAGGAGGUCAAGGCCGACGACUUCAAAUUCGGAACGGACAAGAACGUCAUUGUCGCCCUGCCCAACGAAGUUAACAUGGUCGGCAAGCAGGGUCUCAAGCGACCCACACGCGAGAGCAUUGCCGGUAACUUCGCGCAGCUCAGCAUGGGUCGUAGGGACUCUGGGCGUAUCGGCACACCUAAAAGUGGCCGUUAUAAGCUCGGCAAGGAGGACAUUGUAGCCUCGCCCUACUGA